AUAUGCAUUAUUAGAAAAUGUUUUAACCUAUUGGGAAAGAAUUUUACAACACUUAAAAUUUGUUGCGUGCUUAGCUCUGAAAUAUAAGACCGAUAAUCGCACUGUUUGACGUUUGCGUUGUUGUUGUCUGUCUGUAUAGAAAUAUCGAAUAUUUUUUGUAAAAUUUAUAAAGCCAGAUACGAAAUAAAAUGUUUAAGAAAUUUGAAGAGAAAGAGAGUGUGUCGUCAGUCCAACAACUUAAAUCGUCUAUACAAAAAGGAAUUCGCGUGAAAUUAUUGGAAACAUAUCCUCUUCUAGAAUCACACAUAGAUGCUGUACUACCUAAAAAAGAUUUGUACCGAAUCGCAAAAUGUCAUGACCAUAUUGAGGUGUUAUUAAACGGAACUGGUGAGCAAAUUUUCUUUCGGCAAAGAGAAGGGCAGUGGAUGCCAACCUUACGUUUACUGCACAAGUAUCCAUUUUUUGUUACGAUGCAGCAAGUUGAUAAAGGCGCUAUACGGUUUGUAUUAAGCGGCGCAAAUAUAAUGUGUCCGGGCCUAACCUCACCCGGUGCUUUAAUGUGUCCAGCUGCCAAAGGUACAGUAGUUGCUAUUAUGGCAGAAGGAAAAGAACAUGCUAUUGCCAUCGGCGUUACAACAUUGUCCACGGAAGAUAUUGCAACAGUAAACAAAGGAAUUGGCGUUGAAAACUUACAUUAUCUCAAUGAUGGUCUAUGGAAAAUGAAACCUAUUAAAUAGAAAAUUCUGUAGUAAUAUAUAAAUAAACAAUUAUCUACCUAAUGUGUAUUAGGUGAAAUCUUUUUUACAAUUCAUGUGAA